CGCUCAUUGCGCAACGUUUGCGCAGCGCGGAUGGCUUGAUGCGCCGCGUCCUUUUCGAUUCAGCGUGAUAUCAAACGCGAAGAACAUGAGAGCAACAAUGUGUCUGUUUGUUUCACUAUAAUCGCGAACAUGGGCGACCGAAGCGAGAGGGGUUCGGCGAAGCACAGACGGAGAACCACGAUCUCCGGAGACGCGGCGGCUCACGCGAAGCGCAGCGGCACAACAGAGACUCUCAGCGGGCAGGUGAAGGAGAAAGAGCCGAGACAUGAAACAUCCGCGAGUAAACAGAAGAAUCACAGUGAUGCUGGAGAUGACACGUUCAGCUGCCACAAGCUGCAGGAGUCGCUGCUCAGCUCUGAUAGCGGAUACAGCAACUACAGAGGGAUCCUCAACUGGUGUGUGGUCAUGCUGGUUUUGUCCAAUGCACGGCUGGUCCUGGAGAACCUUAUAAAAUAUGGCAUUCUGGUGGAUCCCAUCCAGAUUAUCUCUCUCUUCUUGAUAGACCCCUACAGCUGGCCGGCGCUGUGCCUGAUCAUUGCUUCCAACGUGUUUAUAAUGGCAGCUUUGUACACAGAGAGAAAGCUAUCCGUGGGCUCGAUCUCAGAGGGCACCGGAACAUUCCUUCAUUCCCUCAAUCUUGCAGCACUGUUGUUCUUCCCAGCCGUCACCGUUCUCCGCGUGACCUCCAUGACCCCGGUGGGUGGUGUUGUGGCGUUGGGCGUCUUCACCGUUCUCUUCCUGAAGCUUUACUCCUACAGAGACGUCAACAAAUGGUGCCGAGAAAUCAGACACGCCAAAGCCCGAACCCUGUCUCGCUCUCACUCCUGCCCGUCUGUGCACAAAGCCAACGGCACAACCGGAUACACACACGUGAGCUAUCCGGCUAACCUCACGCACAGAGACAUUUAUUAUUUCAUUUUCGUCCCAACUCUGUGUUACGAGCUGAAUUUCCCGCGGUCUCCACGGAUACGGAAACGCUUCUUACUGCGCCGACUUCUUGAGAUGCUGUUUUUAAUGCAGCUAAUGGUUGGAUUAAUACAGCAGUGGAUGGUUCCGACGAUUCAGAACUCAAUGAAACCCUUUCAGGACAUGGAUUUCACUAGAAUAGUUGAACGUCUGCUGAAACUUGCUGUGCCCAAUCAUUUUAUCUGGCUCAUCUUUUUCUAUUGGUAUUUCCACUCCUCUAUGAACUUCAUAGCUGAGCUCAUGCAGUUCGGAGAUCGCGAGUUUUACCGAGACUGGUGGAACUCUGAAACGAUCCCCUACUUUUGGUCGAAUUGGAACAUUCCUGUUCACAAGUGGUGCCUACGACACUUUUAUAAGCCCAUGUUGGUGAAAGGCGUAAAUAAGCUACCGGCUCAGAUCGCCGUGUUCUUCCUCUCUGCAUUUUUCCACGAGUAUUUAGUGAGCGUUCCUCUAAAGAUGUUUCGGCUCUGGGCGUUCCUGGGUAUGAUGUCACAGAUCCCACUCGCCUAUAUCGUGGGCCGAUUCUUGAGGGGAAACUAUGGGAACGCAGCCGUCUGGAUGUCGCUGAUCAUCGGCCAGCCGAUCGCCGUUCUGAUGUACGUCCACGACUAUUACGUGCUGCAUUAUGGGAGCGCGUCAGAGGGCGUCGCGGCAUGACGCAGCGAUUUCUGCAAUAACCGAGAUGUUGAAUGUAAAAACAAUGCAUAUAUUUUUCGAAGGGAAAUUUUUAACAGACUUCAACCCAAAUCAAAUGUGAUUAUUAGUCAGAAGGCACGUGGAAGGUGAGCAGACAUGCAAUGCAAUCAAAUCAAACACUGCCGAGCCAAAGCAGCACGUCAUCGCAAUGCCUUC